GAAAUAGAAGUAAACGAAUGCAUUUGCCACGUGCGAGAAGCUGAAAAGACAAAACUGUCCUUUACUCACUCUCUCCAAACAACGAACACGAUUACCAGACCUCCGCUGGAACCACUAACUGAAAAUACAAUUUCGUCACUCUAUUCAGUCAUCUCUCAGUUGAAGGAGAGAGAUAGAAGGAUCAAAGAAAUAAUAAAGUAAAUUGAAAAUGGGAGGAGACCAUGGACACGGAGCUGAGGGAGCUCAUGGAGAUUUCAGAGCGAAGGUGUGGAGCAUGCCUGGAGGCCCAUAUUGCAGACCCAAACACUGGCGCCGCAACACUGCUAUCGCCAUGGCUGGCCUCUUCCUCGUCUGCAUCCCUAUCGCCAUGAAAUCUGCAGAGCUCGAGCAACGGCCGCAUCAUCCUGUUCGCCCAAUUCCAUCGCAGCUUUGGUGCAAGAACUUUGGGAGUAAAGAUUACAACGAAGUGAAGUGACAGUAGAAAAUAAAUUUGAUAUAUGUUGCAGUUUGGCAAAACAUUUCUUGGAUGUUUUCAUUGCAGAUUUGAGCAAGAGUUUGGCCCAAAAAUGCCAGAAUAAGAUUUGAAUGUAGAACUUAAGGAGUGGGUUGUUAUCUCGAUUAUUAUACUAUUGUUAAGUUGCUUUUUA